GCGGCGCGGUCCACUGGAGCUUUUUCCCUUUCCCAAAUCUCAGAUCAAGAAGAACAUUCAAAAACCGCGACGACUCCCUCACGAACUCUAUCCCAACUGCAAGAUCCAAAAUCCAGUUAUAAUUCACUAGGAAAAACAGGGAGAUUGUUUGUCGUUGUCUCCUGUCGGACCCCCACGCUUCCGCUCUCUAUCGGAGAUUUUCAGGAUCUUGGGAAAAUUUUCCGUUUCUGUUUUUUGUUGUAAUGAAUUUAUUGGUCCGUGUAAUGUAAUAUGUUUUGGAACACUGCAUUUUGGAGGUAACGGAUUUUCGACGGAUCGGAGAUGCGGAUUCUUGGACCUGUCGCGGUUUUGUACAUUUUUCUUGCGUGUAUUGUGGGUGGAGCGUUGUCCGUUGAUGAUUUUCGUCAAGCGUUUCCUAUUGUCGAACCAGAUCCUGGACAUACAAGGUUACGGCUUUCGACUGAAGGUUUAGAGGCGAUUGAGAGAAUUACCACCCCUAUAGCAGCUGUAGCUGUUAUUGGUCCUUAUCGAUCUGGAAAGUCCUUUCUACUCAAUCAACUUCUUUCACUGUCAUGUGAUGAAGGUUUUGGUGUGGGGCACCUGCGAGAUACUAAGACUAAAGGUAUAUGGGUGUGGGGAGAGGCGCGGGAAGUGUAUAUUGAAGGAGUUAAAACCUCUGUACUCUAUCUCGAUACAGAAGGAUUUGAAAGUGUCGGGAAGUCUAAUGUGUACGAUGACAGGAUUUUUGCCCUGGCAACCAUCAUGAGCUCUGUGCUUAUAUAUAAUCUGCCUGAAACGAUACGUGAAGCCGAUAUAUCUCGGUUAUCUUUCGCAGUUGAGCUUGCUGAAGAAUUUUACGGAAGGGUGAAGGGACAAGAUGUGGCCUUUGAACCUGCGAAGUUGUUAUGGCUAAUCCAACGUGAUUUCUUACAAGGAAAGUCGGUGCAAGAAAUGGUUAAUGAGGCUCUGCAACAUGUACCCAAUUCCAAUGGGGACAAAAAUAUUGACCAGGUGAAUCAGAUUCGUGAUUCUUUGGCUGUCAUGGGUGACAAUAGCACAGCCUUCAGCUUACCCCAGCCCCAUCUCCAACGCACAAAGCUUUGUGAAAUGAAGGACAAUGAGCUUGAUGCUGCAUAUGUGGAGAGGAGGGAGCAGUUGAAAACAGUUGUUUCUUCUAUCAUCCGUCCAAAGAUUGUCCAGGGUAAAUCUCUCAACGGCAAGGAAUUUGUAUCUUUUCUGAAACAGAUUCUUGAUGCCUUAAAUAAAGGCGAGAUUCCAUCCACGGGCUUUCUUGUUGAGGCCUUCAAUAAGGAAAUUCUGGAACGUUGUUUGAAGUUGUACAGUGAUCAUAUGGGUAGUUUGACUCUGCCUGCACCAGAGGAGACUCUGCAACGAGCUCAUGAUGGUUCUAAAACAGCAGCAAUGGCAUCCUUCGAUGAUCAACAUUUUGGUCGUCGCCAUGCGAAAAAAUCAGCUGAAAAAUUGGUUGAGGAAGUUGAGAAGGCUUACAAGAACUUCGUAUUGGCUAAUGAAUACAAAUCUUCAAAGCUGUGUGAGGCUCUAUACUCACGAUGCGAGGAAAAAAUGGACCAACUUCAAGUCCUCCGACUUCCAUCCAUGGCUAAGUUCAAUGCCGGAUUCCUCCAGUGCAACCAAAGUUUCGAAAAGGAAUGUGUUGGACCUUCUAAGCUCAAUUAUGAAUUGCGGAUGCUGAAGAUGUUGGAGAAGUCAAAGUCUGUAUUUAUUAAGGAAUAUAAUCAUAGGCUAUUCAACUGGUUGGUGGGGUUCUCACUUGUCAUGGUAGUGGUCGGACGAUUCAUCAUUAAGUUCAUUAUGAUCGAAAUCGGAGCAUGGAUACUUUUUAUUUUUCUGGAAACAUACACACGGAUGUUUUGGUCUUCCGAAGCGCUUUAUUACAACCCUGUCUGGCAUGGUAUUGUCCGGACUUGGGAAGCUGUUGUGUACAGCCCCAUCCUCGACUUAGACAGAUGGGCUAUCCCCCUCAUCAUCUUUGCUGCAAUAUUGACGCUUUACUGGCGUUGCUACGGGAAGAGGAAACACGGGUCGCGCUGGAUGUUGCCCCUCUACAACAACAGGAAAGAGCACGGAAGAUCCGAGUGAAAAAUGACUGUACGAUAGAGUUGAUCUCAUUAAUCAUCUCACAGGUUGGUUGUUUGUUUUUUGUCGACACAAAGCACACAUAGUACGUACAUAUGCGCCGGUUCCAUCUGCCUCAAAUCGCGAAAGUUAAGCGAGAUGAUCUCGAAAAAUAGCAAUGGAUGAUGAUUGUGAGGCAUAUAAACUAUGGUUAUGUUAUAAUGUUAGGAUGAUGUUUAGAUCAAAGGGCAAUUUUGUGGACAGGUGAAAAAGGAAUGAAUAAUUCUUCAGUUUGGGGCAAAUGUUGGUUUUGAUUUUGGGAUCAAAUUGAAUUGUAAGCUGUAGUAGCUAUUGCAGUGCAGUUGUUGCCCUUAAAUUAUUCAUUAUAUAUUUAUAUCUUGUUAUUGUAUCCUAAUCCCAGGAUUUGUUGCUGUUA